UAGUGCUGCCACAGUGUCACUGAUACGGAGCAUAUAUGCUCUCUUCAGCUUGCAGUUGAAGUGUGUGAGACUGUGAGUGCUGUAGGUCAUUAGCUUUUGAGGUUCUCUGAGCUGAUCAUUUUGCUAUGCUAGAUUAUAUCAAGUAAUCCUUUUCAUCUGCUCUCAACUUUUCUGUUCAGUUCUUGGUUGAUACCAAAUCUUUUCUUCACCUUUUUUUUUGCCUGAAAAUAUCUCGUUCUCCAUUCCUUUCCACACUGCAAAUCCCAGAAAAGUUUUCAUCUUGUGUGCUGUCUGAGCCCAUCUCUUUGGUGCCAGCUUUGGCAAAGCCCUUUAUUACAAAUCUAUCUAAUCUAUCUGCCCCUGUGCUGUCCUCAUCAGCCAAUUUACUCACACCUGAGCUUGGUACUACUCAAUCAAUGCUCUCCCUGUGAUGAUGUAUGAUGUGAGCCCUUGCAUUUAGCUAUCACAGGAAAUCUCCUUUCGUGGUCAAGCGUAGGUGGAGUUCGGUUGGACUUCAUUUACUCCCAAAGAUUUGAGGUUUUGAAGCUUUAAUAGUUGGGAGAUUCCAGCGUCCUUGAGUUCUUGCAACUCUGGGUGACGCUCUGCUUUCUUCUCAGGAAAAGAUUUGAUCUUUGAGGUUAUUCACAGCUGCAAGAAGUUUCUUUCUAGUGUUCUUGGAGCUUUGCUGUUCUGUUCAUCGCUUCCAAGAUCCCUUUUUUUUCGUUUGAUUUGCUACACUACACUUGCCUGAUGAGUCCCAAGAUCUGAGGCUGGGAGCUCUCGUCGAAAUCCACUAAGAACAAAAACCCCUCCAAGAUUUGCAGCUUGCAGCUUGGAGCAAUCAACAUCCAUGGGUUCUUGGUGCUGCCAUGGAAGGGCGGCGGCGGCGGCGGCGGUGUGUUGGCUGUGGCUGGCGGCGGCGGCGGCGGCGGGGGUGGAGGCGAUAGGGGCGAACUGGGGCACGCAGGCGAGCCACCCGCUGCCGCCGGACACGGUGGUGCAGAUGCUCAAGGACAACGGCUUCGACAAGGUGAAGCUGUUCGACGCCGAGGAGGGCACCAUGAACGCCCUCAAGAAGAGCGGGCUGGAGGUGAUGGUCGGCAUCCCCAACGACAUGCUCGCCACCAUGGCCUCCAACAUGAAGGCCGCCAACAACUGGGUCGACCAGAACGUCUCCAGCUUCCUCAACGACGGCGUCAAGAUCAGGUACGUUGCUGUUGGUAACGAGCCUUUCCUUGAGACAUACAAUGGAAGCUUUCUGCAAACCACUUUUCCUGCCAUAAAAAACAUACAAAGUGCACUUGUGAAGGCUGGUCUGGGCAAUCAAGUAAAAGUCACAUGCCCUCUCAAUGCUGAUGUUUAUCAAUCAUCGACUAGCAAGCCUUCUGAUGGGGAUUUCCGCACAGAUAUUCAUGAUCUGAUGCUCAACAUUGUAAAAUUCCUCAGUGACACUGGUGGAGCUUUCACUGUCAACAUCUACCCUUUCAUAAGUCUCUAUGCUGAUCCAAACUUCCCUGUCGACUACGCCUUCUUUGAUGGGGCCUCAUCACCCAUCGUUGACGGCUCAGCAACAUACACAAACAUGUUUGAUGCAAACUAUGACACACUUAUUUGGGCUUUGAAGAAGAAUGGCUUUGGAAAUCUCCCAGUCAUUGUUGGGGAGAUAGGUUGGCCAACUGACGGGGACAUGAAUGCAAAUGCUCAGAUGGCGCAGCGCUUCAACCAAGGUUUCCUGAAACAUAUCGCCACAGGGCAAGGAACGCCGAUGAGGCCUGGACCAGUUGAUUUCUACUUGUUCAGUCUAAUUGAUGAGGAUGAGAAGAGCAUACAGCCAGGUAACUUCGAGCGUCACUGGGGGAUAUUCACCUAUGAUGGCUUGCCAAAGUAUCAACUGAUUCUCGGGCAAUCGCGCGGCCUUGUCAAAGCAAAGGGUGUGAAGUACCUUGAGAAGAAAUGGUGCGUUCUGAAACCUUCCGCAGGCCUUAACAAUCCAAUGCUUUCGGACAGCGUGAGCUACGCCUGUUCCAUGGCAGACUGCACCAGCCUUGGUUACAAGACAUCUUGUGGGGGACUGGACAUCAGAAGCAACAUCUCAUACGCAUUCAACAGCUUCUACCAGAAGAAUGAUCAAGAUGAUGUGGCCUGUGGGUUCAACAACCUCGCAACAAUAACAGGCCAAGACCCCAGCACCGGAACAUGCAGAUUCGGUAUCAUGAUCGAGGCCGACUCGGCAUUCUCUUGGAGGCUCCAGCAUGUUGGAAGCAGCAACUUCUUGGUGAUGCUUCUGCUGCUGCUUCUCCAGCUUUGCCUGUCAUUCUCAUAGAUGCUCGUUUCACAAGAGAUAUGGGCUGUAGUAAGAGCAGCAACCAUCUGACAGGAUGAGGAUAUUUGAUGUCUGCUGUCAGUAUGUUCAUUCAUGUAGGAACCUCUUUUUUUGCUCUUUCUUUUCCCCUGGUGGAUGCUGCGGGCCUGUGGUUGCGAUCAUGCUUGGAUUCUUGUUAGUGUAGCCUCGAUCUACCAGUGCCAUUGUGAUGAGGAUCAUGCUACAGUGCCAUUGUGAUGAGGAUCAUGCUAUGAACGAUUGAUUGUCAAUCAGAAAUGUUGGGGGCAUUGUUGCCAAAUCUGCAA